UGGUCAUUGAGGGGCAGCAGUGAGCUAAACGUGCCCAGUCUGCCGGAAAUCCAGAAGAAGAAGAAGAAGAAGAAGUCAAACACUCAACUUCGACAGUUAUCAAGGAGUGUUGUUUGUUUUAGCGGGACAUCGUUGACGAGCAAUUUUCGACUAAACAUGUUCGGAAAGAAGAGGAGGGAGCCGCUCCCCAAAGGCAGGGGCGCCGCCGCAGCCAAGCAGAUGGGCCUGUUUGUAGCGAUGGACCCCGAAGACAUGAUGACGAUGGGUGCCGAAGAGGGUUUGGACGACCCCGACUUGGAAGCUGAACUGGCUGCCAUCACUGGAGGCAAAGCCCCUGCUGCAAGUGGAAGAAGCAAACAGAAGGGAAGAAGUCCACUGCCCAUGGAGGACAUUGCCAAAAUGGCUGAUGAGUGCAUGCGGGACAUGGACGAAGAUGAAGACGACGACAACGUGGAGGACGACGAAGACCUUCUGGCUGAGCUACAGGAAGUUGUGGGGGAGGGGGACACGGAGGACGAGGCUGUUUCUUCUUCAUCUGCGUCCGUUGCCAUUGAACCUAUGCCGCAGGAAAUGAGCGUCCCUGUGGCGGUGGCUGCACCUGGCAGCGUAGAGCACACGUUAGAGGAGAGGCUCGCCAUGUACAAGACGGCGCUACACAACGCCAAGUCGGCGGGCGAGGGUGCCAAAGCCCGCCGGCUCGAGCGUGGACUAAAGACACUACAGACCAUGCUGGCUACAGUCAAGAAAGGCCGCCAAGUGAGUGAGGCGGAGAUUCCUCCGCCGGUCGCCACAGGAGCCCCAAGUGCCGCAGUGAGCGUCGACCCGAGUGCCGCACCGACCGUCCCGUCGCCUCCUGAGAUCGUCACGCCCAACGGCGAGGAGAAAGAACAGCUCUUGUCCGCCUCCACGCCAACGCUCCCUGAUGAACCCUCACAGGAAGAAGCGGAUCCUUCACCAGAGCAGGCCCACCCUUCAAAGGAGCGGGCGGACCCCUCACCAACCACAAAUUCAGAUGCGAACGAGCGCGUGGCUGGGCUGUUGCUGCAAAGGCAAAGAGAAUACAAAAUGGCUGCCCUGACAGCCAAGAAGGCGGGAGAGACGGAACAAGCGAUGGUCUACUUCAGGACCAGCAAGAAAUUUGAUUCCGUCAUCGAGGCCUUGAAACAAGGACAAGCUGUUGACCUGAGCGGCCUUCCUCCAUCGCCAGGUGGAAGUGCGUCGUCGGUCAAGCAAAAUGCGCAUGUUCCCCAACCACCUCCAGAAUCUCCAGCCCCGCCAGCUCCCCGUGACGCGCUGGAGGCCCUGGAGCAGAGGCGAGCCAAGUAUGCCGAGGCGUCGGCUCAGGCCAAAGCCGGCGGCGACGAGCGCAAGGCCCGCAUGCACGACCGCAUCGCCAAGCAAUACCAGAGCGCCAUCAGAUCUCACAAAGCAGGAAAAACAGUCAACUUUGACGAGCUCCCCAUUCCGCCAGGCUUUCCUCCCAUCCCGGGUCAGAAGGUGACGACGGCCGAGCAAGGAUUUGUUGCUGCGCUGGAGGCGGCCUCCAAGCUCUCCGCCAAUGACGAUGCUGCUGCGAGUCCAGAUGAAGAAGAAGAGGAGAGGGAAGUAGAGCCAAAGAAGAGUACACUUCCCGUCCCGGCUCCAUCUCGAGGUCGCAGAAGAUCUCCAUCUGCUUCGCCCGAGAGAACAACUGCCCGAGAUCUCUCACCUGCAGCGGCGCAGCAGCUGGCCUUCUUGGAGGGUCGCCGCAAGCAGUACAUGAAGGCGGCGCUGCAUGCCAAGCAGAAGAACGACAUGGAGCAGGCCAAGAGCUUCCUUCGCACCGCCAAGGGUCUGGAAACCAUGACUGAGGCAGCGCGCAGCGGCAAAUCCGUGGACAUCAGCACGGUGCCGUCGCCCCCCGGUGACGAGGAUGAGGAUUUCGUCCUGGUGCACCACAGCGACGUGGGGCUCUCGGAGAAGGCCGAGCAACUCUACGCGCAGCUCAUCAAAAUCCUCAAAGAGCAACGUGAGAAAUGUUUGACGUACUCCAAGCAGUUCACCCAUCUGGGGAACGUCACAGAGACCACCAAGUUCGAAAAGAUGGCGGAGUCGUGUAAAAAGAGUAUCGAGGUCCUAAAAGCAUCUCAAGCGAAGGGUCUGCCUCCUCCCAAACAUCACUUUGAGGACAGAACCUUCCACACGGUCAGGAUAUUCCCAGAUCUUAGCAGCACAGAGAUGGUGGUGGUGAUUGUGAAAGGGAUGAAUCUUCCUGCUCCCAGUGGCAUCCAGACGAACGACCUCGACGCUUACGUAAAGUUCGACUUCCCCUACCCCAGCACGGAGCAGCCGCAGAGACACAAAACAAACGUCAUCAAGAACACAAACUGUCCAGAAUACAACCAGAGCUUCAGCCUGUCAAUCAACCGCAAGCACCGAGGCUUCAGGAGAGUGGUGGCGACCAAAGGGCUCAAGCUGGAGCUGUUGCACAAGGGUGGCUUCCUGCGGAGCGACAAGCCCAUCGGAACGGCACAUGUGAAGCUGGAGCAGUUGGAGUCGCACAGUGAAAUCAGGGAGAUCGCCGAGGUGAUGGACGGCCGCAAGCCCACCGGCGGUCGCGUGGAAGUCCGCGUCCGCCUCCGCGAGCCUCUGGAGGGGCAGGACAUGCAGGCCAGCACAGAGCGCUGGCUGGUGGUGGAGCGAUCGCAGCUUCUCAUCUAGACAUUCAAGACCUAACGCACUCUACCAAGUCUACGCUACUUAGCUUCACCUCGCAAACGUGGACGUGCAGGUAGAAGGCGACCAAGCACACUCAGGAGGUGUUUCACGCCUGUUUUCUCAGACCUCUGGAAAAAAAACAAGUUUGCACAUUCGCAAGACACUCAAGCUGUCUUGGCCAGGUCAGUCAUAAAGCAUUUGACGGCAACAUCAGCUGGCCGAGCAUGUGACUUCAUCUCAUGCUAAAGACUACAAGCUCAAGUGGCGUCUAUGCACUAAUAUACCAAAGUAAUCCAUGUUGCUGUUAAAAAAAAAAUCCCAAGCUAUUUAUAGACAAGUCUCAGAAUAAUAUAUUAGCGCUCAGCUUUUUUUAUGCAUAUAAACAAUAUCAGUGGAACUUAAAACCCUGGAGAAAGCUGACUGUGGAACCUCACGAGUCUGUUUCAUAUCAUCAGUCAUCCAUCAAAUCGGGAAAUCUUGAGAAAGGUUUGAGUUUAGUGUGCAUCAGUCGUGAGGUUUUUUUUUUGGUCACCACAGAAGGGGACCAGUACAAAAAAAGUGCAGAAAUAUCUUUCAUUUUUCAGAUUAAAAGAAACACUGCAAAUAGAUUGUUAUACCAAAAUGCUCCUAAAACAUAAUUUUAAAUUUAACAUACCGUAAUUUCCAUGUAUCUGAGAUCACAGUGGUAGGGAAGCUUCUGAACGCACACAGAAUACAGAAUUUAUUUAAAAUUAUACAUUUUAACUAAAUUAGUAAAAAAAAAAAAAUGAAGCUGUCCGUUGUGUCUUUGACUUGAUGCUGUGUUUAUUUUUUGGAGGGGCUGGAAAAUGUAGUCCAUUUGGAAUAUACUUAGCUUUUUCCAUAGCACAGUUGCCUAAGUCAUGAAUAUUUUUGGCAAGCAAGAAAAACAAAAAUCACAAUUUUAGCUAAAGCACCUUAAUAGUCUUUUAUUGAUAUUGUGAAAGGAAGUUAAAACUUUGGCAAUCGUGCUAUUAGGCUAAGGCUAACCAUGCUUUAUUUCGCGUUAAAUAUGCAAGAUGAGAACUACAGUUACUGAGGUAUCAUUUCAAACAAUUUUACAAGGAUAUCUUAACAUAAAUAGCAUUUGGCUAAUGUGUACUAUUCCACAUCAGCCAGGCUAGGUGUAACUUUAUAGUGGCAAUUUAAUUUUUCACAUUUGUGUCAUGUUUAAGCCCCAAAUCAUUGCCUUGGAGGAUGUCCCCUUGUAGGAGUGACAUGCAUGUCGUUUACGCCUGAAAGGGCACAAAAGAAAUGUCUAAUUCUUACACGAAUUACACCCUUGAUUUAAAAUGAUAACAAAAUUAGGGGUUGUGAAAUUUGCCUUGCUGCUGUGAGGUGCAAACGACGCACGUCAUUAUAUUAUUCGUAGUGCUAAAAGAAAGAAAAGAAAGCCAUAUUAUUUUGGCAAAUAAAGCCUGUAAAGUGUCGGCUGCGUCAGUCAAAUGCUCGGAUGAACAUGGAAACUAUCAUAAGUCACCGUUGUAUCAUAAAGCAUCUUCACAUUUCUUUACAAAAGUCACAGAUGUUAUUAAUGUUAUUUAAUAGUGAAACACAUUUUUAAAAAAUAAUAAAAUUUGAUUUUUGUCUGUUC